UGGUGACGUGUCAUCCUCUGCUGUGUGUCCCCAGUAAGGUGGAGGUGGCGGCCAUCGAGACAGAGCUUCUGAGUGACUACAGGUUCGGACAGCAGCAGCUCAUCGAGAUCUGGGGUCAUGCCUGCGCCAUCGCCAUCACCAAGGCCUUCCCCUUGAGCUCCCUGGGGAAGAAACAGCCGACUGUUCUGGUGGUCUGUGGACCCGAGCAGAACGGUUCCAUUGGACUGGUGUGUGCCCGACACCUGCGCAUAUUUGAGUACGAGCCCACCAUCUACUACCCGAAGCGCUCCCAGCACAGCCUGCACCAGGACUUCACCGUGCAGUGUGAGAAGAUGGACAUCCCCUUUCUGUCCUAUCUCCCCACGGAGGUCCAGCUGAUAAACGAUGCCUAUAACCUGGUGAUCGAUGCCAUCAUGGGGCCUGAGACUGACCACGCCAACGUCAAGGAGCCCUACGCAGGCAUCCUGGUCACCCUCAAGCAGGUGAAGAUCCCCAUCGCCAGCGUGGACGUGCCCUCAGGUUGGGAUGUGGAUGAGGUCACCACAGACGGGAUCAACCCGGAAGUGCUCAUCUCGCUCACAGCACCCAAGAAGUGUGCCACCAGUUUUUCGGGGAAGCAUUUCCUGGCCGGUCGCUUCCUGCCUUACGACAUCCAGAAGAAAUAUGAUCUCAACCUGCCAGAGUACCCAGGCACAGACUGUCUUAUAGAACCUGUAAACACGCCCGCAACUCUUCAUUUUGGAAAAUAUGAUUCUCAUGUUUUGUAUUUUAUAGAUUGUUACUGUGCUUUAUUGUCAAUGUGCUUUCUCUCAAAGGGGCAUAGAGCAGGUUGCGCUGUAGUCCGAAUUUGCUCUGUUUUGCUAAACACAGUACAGUGAAGAUCUUAUUUAGUCCUCGAGUGGUUUGAGUGUUUUUGCGAUGGUCUGAGGAGUUUUUGGUGUGAGUUUUCAUGUAUAUGGCAACAUUACCCUCUGUGUCAUUCCGUUCUAGCUCAGAGAUGUUAUCCUGAUGAUGGAUGGUGAAUGUGUUGGGCUGUACAUUCAAGAUUUCGCUGACUGAUGACUGUCCUUUGAUUCAGAGUUUUUUGGGAUCAAAAUUGUUCUCCUUUGUUUGUUCUUUUCUCUACAUCAAUCUAAACCGAUGUAUUUUCUUUACUGAACACGUAAUAGCAUAUGUCUGUACUUGUGCAUUAGCGUUAGCUCUUGGUCCUGUAAUAAAAGUUUUAUCACUUAGCAUCUUGA